AAUAAAAAAUAAUUCACCCCAUAGAAAAUACAAAGUCUCCUACUCAUACCUUCUAUCCACAUUCAAAUAACUUUUUGUCUCCUUUUAGCUUCUUCUCAUUUCAUCAUCUCCAUCUCCACCAAACCCUAAUUUCUUUCCUUUUAAGAUCCUCACAAAACCCAACAAAGAACAUCCAGAGAGCAUAAACCAAUCCAAAGAACCAUCAAGAAAGUCAGAGAAGAGAUUUUUAAUCAUGAGGAAUCCAUCUUCGGCGUCAGCGACCAAGACGCCCUGUUGCAGCAAGGUGGGCAUAAAGAGAGGACCGUGGACACCGGAGGAAGACGAGCUCCUCGCCAACUACAUCAACCGGGCAGGCGAGGGCCGCUGGCGCACGUUGCCGAAGCGUGCGGGGCUGCUAAGGUGCGGUAAGAGUUGUCGUCUCCGGUGGAUGAAUUAUCUCCGGCCUUCUGUUAAGAGGGGUCGUAUUGCUCCUGAUGAAGAAGAUCUCAUCCUCCGCCUCCACCGCUUGCUCGGAAACAGGUGGUCUUUGAUAGCUGGUAGGAUUCCGGGACGGACGGAUAAUGAGAUCAAGAACUACUGGAACACCCAUCUUAGUAAGAAGCUUAUUAGCCAAGGAAUUGAUCCAAGAACCCAUAAGCCUUUGAACCUGACAAACCCUAGUUCUUCAGAACUUUCCCAAAGUAAUCCUCCCCCAACAUCAAACCGUAAUCCCAACUCUGAUUCUUUUGAGCCAGAAGAAACUGCAGCUAUGAUCACCUCUAAAAACCCACAAGAGAAAUUCACAACAACCAAAGAGGUACUUGUUGAUAAAGCAUCAGGAAAUUGGAGGGAUUCUGAAGGUUUCAUGGGGGAGCAACCGAAUUCCAGCCACCUCCAUGGAAAUGGAGGAGAUUAUAUGGAGAAUUGCAAUGAGGAUAUUUUCUCUUCCUUUCUAGAUUCAUUGAUUAAUGACAAUGUCUUUGCAAAUCAGCAUCAGCAGCAGGCUAAUAUUGUUGUUUCUACACAGCAGCAGACAUUCAAUCACGAGAACAUUUGGGAAGCUGAAGUAGUGUCUUCAAUGGCAGCAUUUGGAAACGGGCAAAAUUCUUUGAACAAUAUUCACCCUUCACGAAGCUAGCUGGAUGCUCUAGUAAUUAAUCUUAGAUCUCCUAUAUAUAAAGGAAAUAUUAUUAGGUUUGGUUAUGAUCAUUUAUGCAAGUAUUGUGUAACAUUAUUAAUUUUUUUGUGUGUGAUUGUUGUCGGCUAGUGUAAUGAUUUUAGAAAAGCUCCUAAAAGCUUAUGUUGUAUCAUUGUUUCAAAUGAUUAGUACUACCAGCAAGUGUUUGCAGUAUUGCUAUAUACAUGGUGUAUUUAUAGUCUCAUGAGCUUAAUUUUUGUGUACUUUGUUUUAGAAAAUUGAAUCAAAGAAAGUCGUUUUUAUUUU